AUGAAUAACUAUAAAGUAGAGAAAAUCGAUUGGGAUGCCCCAGAAGAACCGGUAACCGAGGUUGUUGAAAAUUUGGAAGAAUUGAGAGAUGUUCUUGUGAAUCAGAAUGGUAAAGAAUCUCUUGCUGCUCGUUUCCGUGUUUUGUUCACAUUGAAAUCCAUUGGUGAAAGUUUUACCAAUGACGUCGCAAGGGCCAACACCGCCAUCGAUUACAUCAACCAAGCGUUCGCGGACAACUCUGAGCUUCUCAAACAUGAAGUUGCUUAUGUUUUAGGGCAGACCAAGAACCUCCACGCCACAAAAUACUUGAGAGAUGUGUUGAGUGAUACUGAUCAACAAUGUAUGGUUCGUCAUGAGGCUGCUGAAGCGUUGGGUGCGUUGGGUGAUGAAGAUAGCUUGAACUUGUUGACAGAAUUCUUCAAGAACGAUCCAUUAGUGGAAAUCAGAGAGACUUGCGAAUUGGCAAUUGAACGGAUCAAGUGGCAAAAGGAACAACAAAAACAAAAAGAAGAAUUGGAAUCGUCGUUGUACUCGUCAAUUGACCCUGCCCCACCAUUGCCAAUCGACAACAAGCACUCUGUGGCUGAAUUACAAAAAAUUCUUAAUGAUCAAGACGUGCCAUUGUUCAAACGGUACCGUGCGAUGUUCACGUUGCGAGACAUUGGUAACGAUGAGGCGUGUAUGGCCCUUGCUACCGGGUUUGCCGAUAAGUCUGCCCUUUUCAAGCACGAGAUUGCUUAUAUUUUUGGCCAGAUUUGUAACCCAGUGGUGGUUCCUGACUUGAUCAAGGUGUUGAAUGACGAAUCCGAAGCUCCAAUGGUCAGACACGAAGCGGCUGAAGCCUUGGGGGAUAUUGACAGUUCCGAAGUGAUUCCUAUCUUGAAGAAGCAUCUCACUGAUAAAAACACCGUGGUUAAAGAAAGUGCAAUCGUUGCCUUGGAUAUGAAUGAGGAGUACCAAGUUGAUUAG